AUGGCUGUCAGCAACGUCACUCUGGCCUGCCUGGAGCCACUAACCAUGACACCCGCAGCGCCGCCGAAUUGGAUGCAGGUCUUGUUGGGUCAUGGGUCAUUCGUCGUCAAUGACGGGUUUCCAGUGAUUGAUCCCAUUGGGGCUCCAAAAUUCACCACAGACAAUGAUCCUGCUCGCCAGCUUUCGCCCUUCAGAAGCAACUCGUGGCCCAGCCCGCGCACGCGUACAAAGCACCACCCGGUUUUGCUGGCACCGAUUAUUCGAACGAAGUGCAAUGACAGCAACGCCGUGACAGAGAUAGCUUAUUCUGUCUAUGACACGUUCGAGAGACUGAACGGAACGGAGAUCGGCCGCAAAAAGGUCUGGGUCCAACGUUGCUCGCCCUCCGGCGAUCGCGGCAGCAACGUUUGGAAGUUCAAUCGGACUUUUCACUACAUCAUUUCUGACGGUAUGAGUCAUGAUUUGAGUACUUGCGCCAAUCCAGCCCAUACGACCACCGCCUACUACAACGGCUUCUCCGAAUCCCUGUUCAUUCGCCGUUCCGAAACAUCAUCGAUCCUUGAAGAGAUGUAUGAUAUUGCCUCCAAAUGGGCUUUGUCACACCACCAGAUCAAGUCCGGAGCCCGUCGGCAGGUAGUGCUGAUUGGAAGACGUGGAACCAACGAUUACGAGGCACUGAAGUCGACCGCUUGGUACAAGAAUGGGCUGUGUCUGACUCACUGGAACCUCGGUCAUCAUCAGAUCUUGCGCGAACGCUUUGGAAACAACCACGGUGCGACCCUAGAUGACCAAUUUCGCGCUCUUGGAAUUCCCUACAUCACCAGCGGAAUCAGUAUAACUCGGAAUGCGGCGAACGAGACCGCUUUGAUCAUUCACCUGCUGGUUUCGCUUUGCUUUCUGUCAAGUCAUCAGACGGAUCUCCUCACGCGCGGCGAAGACCUUCCUCAGAUUCAGGCGAACGUUGGUGCAGAGUAUACCAUGGUCCGCGUCAAUCGUCCUCUAGGGGCGAGACCUCUCACCGAGGCUAGACCAGUGCUCACCAUGCCUACGCGCCCGUCCAGAGAUUCGUAUGGAGCUUCGAAAUCGCAUGAAGCCACGACCGACCUCUCACGCCACUGUGACAUCAGGGACGCCUCCUACACCAAUCAUGAGAUCUUGGACGCCGUCGACCCGGACUUUACUUGCGGAUACCUUUACGGUAUGCCCGAUUCCGACUCCGAUUACGGUUCCAAUUCCGAACAACAGCACCGACUGGGCCCGAGAUUCCCCUUCUACUGGCUGCCAGAUUUCCGGGCGUAG